AUGAAUACUUAUGGAUCUAGUAUAUUACCGGUACUACAAUUAAGUGCAUUUUUGUACUCCAUACUAGAUAAUUACCAUUGAAGCAGAAGAGUCUGCAAGCAAGGAGGAAAUUACCCCAGAAAGCGCAGAGAAUCUUGGGGCAAAAAAGCCUGGCACCAUGACCUUUCUCGACCAACAGGAGCAAGACAAGGUGAGGCAGCUCUUGUAUGCAUAUCAACAGAAGGAGAUGAAGGACAAUGGCUGUCAGACAGAAUUGUACAUUUGUAAAUGCCAGGAAGUCGUGGUCCAAAGACUUGAAAAGAUUGAACAGAAUGUGGAAAAGAUUCUCAUGUUUAUGGAAAGGUCGAAGCAUGAAGAGAAAAUAUCGGGACCUGAAAAGCAAAUACUUGAAAGUGGUGAGUUCUUGUUCAAUUCUGACCCAGUAUAUGCAUUUGACAACAAUAGUAUUGAAGAUUCAGGCUCUCUACCAUCUCUUGCUGAAAUUUCAAAUGUUUUAAACAUUGAUGAGACAUUGCCAGGUAUGGAAACCAGCACCAUAUACUUAAGCAAGAUAGCAACCCCAUCCAACCAAUCUCCAAUCACUCCGACUGUACAUCAUUCAGUACCUGCUGGUCUAUUGAAAUCUGCCAGCCAGUCAACACCUGCCAAUCCUUCUACACAACAGUCAACACCUGCCAUUUCUUCUACACAACAGUCAACACCUGCCAAUCCUUCUACACAACAGUCAACACUUGCCAUUCCUUCUACACAACAGUCAACACCUGUUAUUCUUUCUACACAACAGUCAACACCUGUUAUUCUUUCUACACAACAGUCAACACCUGCCAUUUCUUCUACACAACAGUCAACACCUGCCAAUCCUUCUACACAACAGUCAACACCUGCCAUUCCUUCUACACAACA